AUGGAUCGAAUUUCGACAACCACACCGCGACAUCGGAUAGUAUGGAUGUGUAAGCAAGAAAUAAGUAAAAACGAGACCGAGAAAUAUAAGGACGUGAGAGGGGACAGCGGCGGAACAGCUCGGCGGACGGCACUACGGCUCGGCUCGGCUCGGCUCUACUCGGCCUUGCUCGGCUCUACUCGGCUCGCUUCGGCCUCACUCGGCUCGAGCCGACUGGGUGCACGCGAGCGACCGCUCUCACGUACACUGGGGGGCCGCCGCGCCUACAUUUACACAUACUUAAACAAUCCAUUUCAUCAACUAGUAAAACAAAUUUUCAUAGAACAUACUACGCGCGGGUCCCGGCAGACGACCGUGCCGCUCGUGAGUGUCGGACGCGCGUGUUGGACGCGCGUGUCGGCCGCGCGUGUGAGCCGCGCGUGUGGGACGAGCGUUCCGGCCGCGCACGGCUGGCCCUCCGCGCCGGGACCCGCAUACUAA